GCCUUAUGAAUCAGGCACCCACAAUCUUUACAGCACCCCGUUUUGUUUUUAAUCAGUUUUUUUUAGUCAGUGUUUUUUAAAGUCAGUUGCAAAGCCGAUAAUCGAAAGAGUGCUUCUUGCUCCGCUUGCAAACCGCUUAAAUGUCACAACACUCGAAAAGGGAAAAGGAAACAGCAGCCACCAACACGAAAAGUCAUGUCCAAAGCACACGCCACACGAGUGGCAGUAGCAGCACGAAUAAACACGGCCACAAAAAGCAGAUGCCCAACGGCACUCUAAAGGCCAAUUCCAAUAAUAAACUUAACCAAAACUCCAACAGCAUUAUGCAGGCCACAGUGUCGGGAUCAGGAUCAAGCUCCUCCAUUUCCCCCUCGUCGUCGUCACCCCAGCUGUCGCAGGUACACGGAAAGAUUCAAAUGAGCAAAAAGGAGAAGAACCAAAAAGAAAAACAGCGUGAAAGAGAGCGGAUCGAGCGCGAGCAGCUGGUGCUCUGGCGUCGACCCCUGGAUACGUCCAUGUAUUGUGGACUCGAACUGCUGGCGCUGUUUCGCACAUGGAGCGCAAGAUUGGUGCAGCAACGCCUCCUGCUAGCCGCUCUGAUAGUAUUAGGCAUUUUAUUUAGUGUAAUUUACAGAAUAGAUGGACCACAUCAGCUGGCCAUUGAGCUAGUGCGUCGUAACACCUGGUUCUUUGUCUACUGGCUGGGUCUGGGCGUGCUCUCCUCCGUCGGACUUGGCACCGGACUGCACACGUUCCUUCUAUAUCUGGGGCCUCACAUAGCCAGCGUCACGCUCGCCGCAUACGAGUGCAAUUCCCUGAAAUUCCCGCGCCCUCCCUAUCCAGAUGACAUCAUCUGCCCGGAGGAGCCGUAUGAUAAGCGAGUGCCCAAUCUGUGGGCCAUCAUGUCAAAAGUUCGACUGGAGGCAUUCCUUUGGGGCGCUGGCACGGCCCUAGGAGAACUGCCGCCUUACUUCAUGGCCAAGGCGUCACGACUUUCCGGCUACGAUCCGGACGAUGCAGAGGAGCUGGCCGAGUUUGAGGCCCUGAACGCCAAGAGGAACCAAAAGAACCUCAGCCUGAUGGACAAGGGCAAGCUGUUUAUGGAGCGCGUGGUGGAGCGCAUUGGUUUCUUUGGCAUCAUGGCCUGUGCAAGCAUUCCCAAUCCCUUGUUUGACUUGGCUGGCAUCACCUGCGGCCAUUUCCUAGUGCCAUUCUGGACCUUUUUUGGCGCCACACUUAUCGGCAAGGCCAUAAUCAAAAUGCACAUACAGAAAAUUUUCGUGAUAAUUGCCUUCAAUGAAACGCUGAUCGAGCGGGCAGUAGAUCUUCUGGCCUCGCUGCCCUACUUUGGUCAUAAGCUGCAAGAGCCCUUUAAGGCUUUUCUCAAAAACCAAAAGCAGCGCCUCCAUCGACAGCAGCGUGGUGCCGGCCAAGGUGCCGGGAUUGGUCCCGAUUCAGGCAAUCUGCUAUCAAAGAUUUUCGAGACGUUUGUAAUAGGAAUGGUGUGCUAUUUUGUCGUGUCAAUUGUUAACUCUCUGGGGCAAAGCUAUCACAAGCGUCUGCACCGAAAGACUCCGUCACCGGUAUUAGCAACGGGUCCACUCCCGACCUCGGCGGCGGUCAAGGUAAUACCAGUGCCUGCGACCACGCCCACCGCCACAUUAAAGAAGCAUGCCAAGCAGCGCGCCCUACGCGAAUAGGAGGCUUCCAACCAAAAUUCCAUACCGCAAGCCCAAUAUAUCUUUUGUUGAUAGAUUUUCCUGACCCUCCUUCCCCAAACACACACCAAAACACCUAUUGUUUCUUCGUGCCCUUGUUUUAGUCAAAUUGUCAACUAUGAAGUGUACGGUUCGUAUGGGAUAUGCAUACGGUUUGUAGAGAACGGAGGCGGAGCUCGACAACUUAGUUUAAGAUAAAAAAGUAAGAAAAGAUAAGUGAAAAAGCGCAUGGAGCAAUUUAAUUACUAGUAAAAAAUUUAAAACAAAUAUAGAAACAACAAAAAUAAGUAGAAA